AUGGCUUGCUGGUUUCGCCUGCUUAGGAAGGAUGCUUGGGUUCAAGUUCAGACAGUAGGAAGCCAAAGUCGAAUGCAAGUAAGAGAGAGCUUGCUAAGACUAAUCAAAUCAAACAAGAAGAACCAAGGGCGACCAAAAAUCUGCAAGAAAUUAAGCUACAAAGCAAAGAUCAACAUCCAAAUAUCCAAAUUGCUUUUCUCGUUCGACGGUCGGAACUCUCUCUCUCCCACUUCUUCUCUUGCAGGUAGAGACUUUCUCGAUUAUCUACCAGUGGAGAUCAUUAUUAGAAUCCUUAUGCUAUUAAUUGAUCCCGUUGACAUGAUCCGAAUGUCAGCCGUUAGUCGUAUCUGGUACCAUUUUGUUGUCCAAAAUGGCAUUGCAAAAACAGCUUGUCUAAGGAGAGCUCCAAUGCUCAAGAAUACAAGCUACUGCGACGCAAUUAUGAACCAGAGGAAGAAGCACCAUCUUCCAAGAUUCAAUGAUCUUUGGAAGGAACAGAAACUGUACUCAAGCCUCCUUGCUAUUCUGUCAAAAGCAAGUAUGAUUAAUCCAAAGGAUUGCAUUGGGUUUAUCAUCGGAGCUUCUUCUACAAGCCAUUAUAUAGGAAAGAGCAUCAUUCAUGCACUCCUUCCAAAUAAAAUGUAUUGGUCGAGCAAAAGGCACAGCGACGCUAAUGUGUCUGAGACCAUACUUCUCAAACUCAAUGGCGGAGUUUGCAUUGUAUCAGAGAUUCAAAUCCAACCUUCUCGUGGGCAUUAUGGUAAUAGACAAUAUAUAUUCUCCGCUAUGUCAGCCCAAUUCAGCAUGGGGCAUAGUACGUUGCCAAGAUAUCAAACACACCAGGACAUUAACUUUCCGGGGGAUAUAAAGGAUGACCACUUCGUCUGGGGUUAUACAUCGCCUCAAUUCCCCAUGAAACAGAGUAUCCUCAAGCAAACAUUUACACUGCCUGAACCAGUUCUAUGUGUUGGAGGGAUUCGGAAGAUCGAACUCUUGGGGAUGGUGCUAAGAGACCCAAGGAAUAACUUAUACUAUCAUUGCCUGCAUCGGGUGAGCAUCCGCGGGCAGUCCCUCGAACCGGCCUUCGACAUAAAGACAGUUGAAAGGGGCAGACUACUACUUAGGCACCAACCUUCAGCAGUUAUUGAUGUUUUGAGGCAGAUUCCCCUUCCCUCCACGGCUGUCCUCAGCCAAAUGGCCGUAGCGCAAACUGUGGAAUUUAUGUUUAACCUUCUUUUUCCUUUUUUAAACUUGGACCGAAAUAUAGCCUUGGCUCCAGCCCGAAGAUACGCCAAUAAUCUCCUGGGCUAUAGACCGAAUGAAGGCCGAAAUGGUAGGGAAGACGCAGAGGCCUCGAGCCCAGGAGUGCCAGACUUCAAAGCAUACAAUAGUCCUAAAUAUGGAUGGCAUCAUUUGCUUAUGCAUUUUAAUAUAUCAUAUUGUAUUUAAUUUGAGUAAUACAUACUAAUUAUGUAUCAUUUAAUUGGUCUCACUUUAUUGGUUUUUAUAUAAAUUUUAUUUUAAAAUGAAGUAAUAAAA